AUCACAUCCCCCCAUCCCGACCAAACCCACUGGUCCAUCGACAACCUCCCAUCCGUCCUCUACGCUCUCCGCCCAGGAACCCAAUACAUCAAGUCCCGCGCGCGUGUUCGCGAAACACCCUACAAGAUCUUCAACAAACAUAUCCGCGACUUCCCCGUCCUCCCCUCCCGCAUCUCCUCCAAAGUCGAAGGCUGGCGUCUCGAAGCCUGGUUCCGACUUGACCGCCGUAUCGAGGCGCAGGAUAUUCUCGACCGCAUUAACCCUAGGUUCCGGGGCGAAGUGAGCUCGUUGGAGAUUGAGCUGCGCCGCGAGGAAUUCCGGAGGCUGUUCCAUGUCGCGGACUGGAAGUCGCAGGUAUCAAUUAAUGAGGUUGCGAGAGUGGUGCAUAAGAGGGGGGUGAAUUUGGGGUUGAAUACUACCCGUGGUGUUACGCCUGGUCUUGUCAAUCCGGAGAAAGGCGAGGAGGGUGGUAGGAUUCCGGUUCCG